CACAGCAGGAGUAACAAAAAACAAUAUAUAAUAUAGAAGCAACCCCAUUUGAUUUAUUUUGAAAAACGCACCUCGUUUAGUGAAAGAUAAGAAUAAGACAACCUUAUUCUCCUUCAUUUCACUCUAAUGCUAUUUACUCGUAGACUAGAGCGAACUAAAAUAUGAGAAUAUUCCUCGCUGAACAAAACACCACUAGCAGUUACACGCCUAAACAUCAGGUGGCGCAGGCAAACCAUUUUAAAACGUUACAGAAUAAGGAACUGUCAACUCGCUGGAUUUGCAAAUAGGCAUUUUAGCAGCUCAGGAUGGCUUUGGUGCCCUAUGAUGAGAAUGUGCUGCCUGCUCUGUCAAAGCUUCACCAGACUUCAGCUGAAUUUAAUCUGGCCAAUCACAGGAUCAGACUCAGCCAGGACUGGAAGCGAUUGGGUGUCGCUGCUGUGGUCUGGGAUGCAGCUGUGGUGCUUUGCAUGUUCCUGGAGAUGGGAAACGUGGAUCUGAAAGGAAAGAGAGCUAUUGAGCUUGGAGCUGGCACAGGUUUGGUGGGCAUUGUAGCUGCUCUGCUUGGAGCCAAUGUGACAAUUACAGACCGAGAAACUGCCUUGGAAUUUCUGACUGCCAAUGUGCGUGAAAACAUUCCUCCCAGCCAGCAGGAGGCGGUACAGGUAUCUGAACUUACCUGGGGUGAGAAUCUAGAUCUGUAUCCCCCAGGCAGCUUUGAUCUCAUACUGGGAGCUGACAUUGUUUACCUGGAGGAGACGUUUCCCGCCCUCCUGCAGACUCUUGAACACCUGAGCACAGAGAACACAGUGGUGUUGUUGUCCUGUCGGAUCCGAUAUGAGCGAGAUGAGCGGUUCCUGAUGGAGCUACGGCAGAGGUUCUCUGUGCAAGAGGUCCAUUAUGACUCUCAAAGGGACAUUCACAUUUACAAAGCCGUGAAGAAGAAGACCAACACCGAACUGUAAGAUCUGGUAUUGAGAAACCCUUAGGUAGAGAUUCUUGUUUGUAAUUCAAAACAUUUAAGCUUUAUAAAACAUACUGAAGAUGAUUAAAUGACAAUAUUAAAUGGGCCAUGGUGAUUGAUUGGUUUUAUGCAGGUCACUGCUUGGGCAGCAGGUGGCGCUGCUAUACAGGACUGGAAUAAUAAUCAGGCCUUAUUUUAAUACAGACACCUGUUUUGCCUGCA